GUGGGGCCUUACAACUUCUCUCUCGUCAGUGAGCUCAUGUACGUCGAGCCCGCGAGGAGCUAAACAAUUUAAUAUUUUUAUUAUUUUUAUUAAAAGCCAAAAAUGGCGAUUCGACCAUAGACAUCAUUUUAAAAAAGUCAUAAUUGGCUUAAAUAUUGUGUGCAACAUUUUAAAUAAUUACUUUUUUUAUCGUUGUUUAAAUAAAAAGAAAAAAAAAUGCAAUCAAUGGAACAAUUGCGGCCAGAAGAAUUAGUAGGCUUGGUAGCGCGCUCGGCGGAGGGCACUGCCGCCAAGGGUAUGCCGAUCAAGGGCAACGAAGAUCUUUGGGUCGAGAUUCAAGCAAAUACCUUCAGGAACUGGGUCAAUGAGCAUCUGAAGCACGCGGGUGACGCUGGAGGUGGACCGGUUUUGGACUUGGCCGAGGAUUUUCGGGACGGAACGCGGCUCUGCGCUCUCGUCGAAGUCCUCACCAAGCGUCGGCUGCCCAGGUGGAAUCCCCGGCCCGCGAAUCAGCACCACCACCUGGAGAACGUCUCCACCGCCCUGCAGGCCAUCGAGGCCGACGGUGUCAAGCUCGUCAACAUCGGCAAUGUUGACAUCGUUAAUGGAAAUCUCAAGCUGAUUCUUGGAUUAAUAUGGUCACUUAUUGUUCGUUACCAAAUUGGAAAAUCGAAAUUCCCACCGCGUAAACUUAUGCUCGCUUGGCUUAAGGCAGUGCUACCAGAAUGUCGUGUCAACAAUUUUACAACCGAUUGGAAUUCAGGUGUUUACUUAAGUGCACUAUUAGAUUACUGUAAGCCUGGUUUGUUUCCUCAUUGGCGUCAAUUAGAUCGCACUGACAGUGUUUACAAUUGUCGGAAAGCGAUGGAGAUAUCAAAGCGUGAAUUUGACAUCCCAGUUGUAUUAGAACCAGAAUAUUUAGCCUCACCAUAUCUCGAUGAGCUCUCAGGGAUGACUUACUUGUCGUAUUUUAUGAAAGAAGGUUCACCAGGUUUCUAUGCAACUUUGCGGUGGGUUAAUUCACAAUUAACUCAUGCUCCUGUUAGAAAUUUUACGACUGAUUGGAACGAUGGCCGAGCACUCUGUAGUAUAGUCAGGAACCUCGGGGGCCCGGCGCCGACGUACGACAAAAUAAAAACCGACCCCAAGUACUGGGAGUCUAAUCUCCAGCAGGGUAUCGACGGCGCCAAGAAGCUCGGCGUUGAGCCGAUUCUCAAAGCCAAGGACAUGGCAGACCAGAACGUUGAACAUCUAGGAGUUAUGGCCUACGCGGCGCACUUCCAGUGGGUCAAGCCUCGUCCCCAGGCCAGCGAGCAGCUCGCCGUCCACGUCGACAGCACUUCUGCUCGAGUACAACAGCCAGCGAUAUUCCGUUUAGAGAUGCUGUCAAAAGAAGUUCAUCCACGUGAAGUACGUGGUGAGAUAAUAAGUCCAAGUGGGAAAAUAGAAUGUCGUCUCACUUGGAAUAGUACUCACGGCAAGGGUACAUUCGUGCCGACCGAAGUAGGAAUGCACAAGUUGAUGGUGUACAAUGAUGGGGAGCUCGUCAAUGGUUGUCCCUAUUACUUCAGGGUUUUACCUCCGUUAACGAAAAUAAAAUCACCCGGCAUGGAACCCUGCGCUAUUGGUUCUAUUGUCGAGGUUCUAGUCAACAGUUACGGAACUAGUCAUGACGGCAUUGACGUGACAGCAUGGUCACCAACAAAUCGUUCGCUUCCUUGUCCGGUAAAAGAAAAUAGCGGUGUACACACGGCGACAUUUCAACCUGAUGAAACUGGUGAAUGGAGUAUCGCUAUUACGCACAAAGGCACGCACAUACAAGGCGGCCCCUUUACUUGUUUCGUCUUUGAUCCAAAUGGGAUCAAGUUGGUGGACACGGAAGGAGCAAUACCUGGUCAGCCAUUUUCAUUCAUAGUCGAUGCAACAGGUACAGGUGGACUUGGAGAUGUCAACAUCGACGUAGUCCAUGACAAGCAAUCGGUACCAUUUCGCAUGGAGGAUAUCGGCCGGAUGCGAUACCGCGUGUUCAUGGUCCCGCGAGAGGCCGGUAAAUAUCGUGUCUACUUAUAUUUCAACGGGUCUGACGUCCGUGGCUCGCCGAUAUCGAUCCGUGUAGGCUCGCACAAGAGCAGAAGAUCCAAGGAAUCAACAUCCAGUUACGAGAGGUCAAAAGUAUCGUCCUUGGAGAAGCGAAUGAACGGACUGAACGUAACGGACGGGAGUCAGAAACGGCAGUCCCCCGUCUACAAGAGUUCUUCGCAGAGUCCAACGCAGAAUUACCGAGACUACCAUCAUCAGACCUACAAAACUAACUACGUUACGGAAAAUUCAAACUCCUAUCAAGUACCAAGUCCUCUUCAGGCUUCGAGGUCUCCUGUACAAAACUCCAGUCCUUCGUUGAUUAAAGAGUCAAGGGAGAUUUAUUCUUCCACGACAUUCAAUCGCUCGAGGUCGCCGGCGAAUCUCGCCCAGAGUCCGAGUUUGAUCAAGGAGUCCAAGGAUGUCUAUGCCUCCAGCUCUUUGAAAAGGUCCAGGUCGCCUAAUUUACGGGAUGCCCAUACUUCUUCCAGUGUUAUCAAAGAGUCCAAGGAUAUUUACCAGUCCAGCACGCUGAACAGGUCGCGGUCACCAGCAAUGAGUCCGAUGGCUUUCAGGACUGCUAAUGGGAGUCCUAUCAACAGGAGCUUCAGUCCAAGAGUCAAUGGAAAAGACAUCGGACGAAGGCGUGGUUCUGCUGACAGUGGUGUCAUUGAUACCAGUAGCAAUGUACGAGUGUCAUCAACAUUAGGCGGGACACCGAGAAGAGAUUCCUGGGACGCAAUAGCAAAGACAAAAGCCAUGUUAUCUUACGGUAGUCUCGAGUCGUUAGCGAAUCUCGCCAACUCUUCAGUCGAGCACGGGAGCAACACCUCAAACUUCGUCAACGAGCACGGAUAUCGCAAUGGCUACAAUAAUUAUUCCUCAACAACAAAUGUCGAGCGGACCGUAGAGAACUCGAAAAAUUACACAACGCGUUUCACCAGCGACUACAGAUCCUCAUCACCAAAGUACAAUGGUAACCACGGCAUGGAAAACGGGCGCAGUCACACCCACGGCAUCUUAAAAAAUAGAAAUAACAACUAUUACAAAUCUUCCGACACAACGGACAUCAUCCACGAGCGGUUAAUCAACAACGAAGAGUUUAUGAAUACAACAGAGCGACGUAAAGGUUGCGCAGCUUCCGGGACCGCGCUCGACGUUCUGCCGCUUCAUAAACCGGCUUCAUUUACUCUAGAUCCCAGCGUUGAUGGCAGCAAAGCUGUCGUCACUGUCACAGGACCACGUGGAAAACAGAUAUCCUACAAGAAAUCAACAUUACGAGGCUACACAAUCAUUAUAACUGCUGAAGAAGUCGGUGAACAUACGAUACAAGUUACUGUUAAUGGUCAACACAUUAAAGGAUCGCCAUUUAGAUCUCAAGCUUACGAUGCCGCAGCAAUUCAUGUUGAUAAUGUACCAGACGGAAUAGUUAAUCAACCGGUUGAAUUCGAAAUUGAUGGUUCCAGAGCAGGCUCAGGAAACUUAGAAAUCCUAGUAAACGGCGGGCAUGUGACGAGUUUCGUAAAGGCACUGGGUAGUCAUAGAUUUUUAGCGUCAUUUGUACCUCACGAGGCCGUAACUCAUCUCGUCGAGAUGACUUUCAAUGGUGAAACUGUGCCGGGAUCACCUUGGAGAGUUAACGUGAUGCCUGGACCGAAGAUGUCGGUCUUGGGGGACUCGGUAAGGCUCGUACCUGCUGGUAGUCCUGCCUUAUUUGAACUCUCCGCCCUUGGUUUUACAAGUAAAGAAAUAGACGUGCAGAUAAUAACACCGUCAAAACGACACAUAACUGCACGUGUUGAUGAGGAACCAGGGCGCACAGGUGAAUUCCGAGUGGAGUUUACGCCAAAUGAAGUCGGAAGUCAUCUGGUGGAGGUGACCAUCGCGGGACAAAAGCUACCGGCUGGACCUCUCAUCGCAAAAGUAUACAAUAGCAGCCUCAUACAAGUUACUGACGUACCCAGUGCCGUUGUCGGACAUGCCUGCCAGUUUCGAGUGGACGCUAGCGCAGCUGGUGAAGGCCAGUUAGAGAUAUCGAUAAACGAAGGAGAAGUGCCAAAUCACGUCCAAGUAGUAGGUGGCGGGCGUUGUCUUGUGUCAUUUACUCCUGAGUCAGCGAAGCCUCAUUACAUAGACAUUAAGUUCAAUGGCGAAGCUGUACCAGGUUGUCCAUUCGUCUGCAAUGUUUCCGACACCAGUCGAGUUAUCCUGAGUCUGAGUCAUUUAGAGCUGAUACCCGUCGACCAACCGGCAAAUUUCCAUAUGGCCGUUGAUGGUAGCGGGAGUGCUGAGCUCGCGGUCUCUGUUCGCGGACCAACGAUAGAGUUACCGGUUAAAGUAACAGGAAAUAUUCACAGUGGAUUUACUGCUGAAUUUACACCACGCGACGUUGGUGUUCAUUCAAUAAGCGUUGAGUAUAAUGGUCAUCCAGUUAAUGGGACACCAUUUUUAGCAAAGGCCUUUAAUGCUGACAAAGUAUUGAUUGGACCUGUUGCUAGAGGAAGUGUCGGUCAGCCAACGCAUUUCACUGUGGAUGCAAGUCAAGCAGGCGAAGGAAAUCUCGAGAUAACGAUAUCCGCCCGGGGUCAAAACAUUCCCACCCAAGUGACCCCCCAGGGCAACGCACGUUUCUCCGUGAGCUUCGUGCCAUUCGAGGCGUGCGAGCACGUGAUAAACAUCGCGUUCAACAAACGCACCGUUCCCGGGUGUCCGAUAGUGACCCGGGUCGGGGGCGACAGCCACGUCACCGUAAGUGGCCAGGCACUGAGUAGCGCCGGGCUGGGACGUCAGAGUCAUCUGACCGUCAGCAACGUUGCCGGUAGCUUAGAGGACCUAGAAGUUAACGUUGAAGGACCCAAUGGACAGGCCGUACCAGCUCAAGUAACCGACAACAAAGACACAACUUGCACUGUCGCAUUUACGCCUCGUGUUGUCGGCGAACACAGAAUAGCUGUUAGCCAUCGUAAUGUUCCAGUUGUCGGUAGCCCGUUUAGUUGUAAAGUUUACGAUGUGACGGCUAUAAAGGUCAAGGAUUCGAAGCGAGGAGUCAUCGGGAUGCCAGUUACAUUUUUAGUGGAAACGAGUCAAGCGGGUCCAGGUAAUUUAGAAGUAACCGUUAACGGAGGACGGGUACCAACUUCUGCUCAAGCGCAAGGUCCUCAUACAUAUGCAAUAUCAUUUACACCUCGUGAGCCGGUUGUACAUACUGUUGACUUGAGAUUCAAUGGUGAAGAUGUUCCUGGCAGUCCAUUUAGUUGUCAGGUGAGUGAUACAGCCAAAGUAUUAAUAACUGAAGGCUUGGAAAAAGUAUCAGUAAACCGUCUCGCCACAUUCACCAUCGAAGCAGACGCUUCAUUAGGAACGCCCGCCGUCGAAGUCUUGUCUCCUACACGUGAAAGUCUGCCCGUACAGAUAAAACAAAGCGUACAUGGGUCUUACACCGCAGGAUUCACGCCAACUGAUGUUGGUGACCACAGUGUUGAAGUUAAACUAGGUGGAUCUCACGUCGAAGGAAGUCCGUUCCUUGUGAAAGCUUACAAUGCCAACAAAGUUAAAGUUACCGACAUCAACAGCGGCGUUGUCGGGAAGCCAGUUUUCUUUAGCAUCAACGCAAGUCAGGCGGGAGCUGGGAAUUUGGAGAUAAUAGUGGCAGUGAAUGGCAAAAAUGUACCGAAUUAUGUGCAGAGUGAAGGAAACGCAAAGUUCCGGGUAAAUUUCAAGCCGCAGGAGGCAGCGAUGCACAGUCUGAGUGUCCGUUUCAACGGGGAACCGGUACCAGGAUCUCCAUUCAGCUGCAAAGUAGUCGGCGCGGGUCAGGCUGUAAUCACUGGGAACGCGCUGAAGAUGGGCGCAGUUAAGCAACUGAUAUCAUUCACCGUAGAUCCUCAGGCCCCGUCGACCAACUGCGACGUAAUCGUGACCCCGCCUUCGGCAAUUGCGCUGCCGAUUACUAUAGAGCCGGUGGACAGCAAAUAUAACAUCAGUUUCACGCCAACCGAAGUCGGGAGACACAACAUCAGUGUCUUGGUGGACGGAGAGCCAAUAAAAGGCUCCCCGUUUGCUUGCAAUAUCUACGACGUCACCAAAGUCCACGUUUCGGGAUUGACAGAAGCGCGACUGGGUCAGGCAACGACGUUCACUGUGGACGCUGCCGAGGCGGGUGAAGGUACUCUUGAGUUGGUCGUCAGCACGGAUAACAACACCGUCAAGGCUGAAGUAGUUGCUUGUGCCAGAGGACUUUACGACGUGACUUUCGUGCCCCAAACCACGUCGACUCACUACGUCAACAUCAGCUUCAACGAUGACAAUGUCCCAGGAAGUCCCUUCAAGUGUCCAGUGAUCGGAGGUGGUCUCGACGGCCCCACUGUCAUCAGAGUCGGGAACAGUGCGUACCUGGAUCUAGAUAUGCCGCGUCUAGAGGGUCCGGUUUCUGCGGAAGUCACUGGGCCCGAUGGAAUAAUUAUUCCCUGCACUUUGAAUAAACUGUCAGCUAGUUUGUACCGCGUUGAAGUCCGCACCAGGAUGGUUGGUAUCUACAAUAUUAUUUUCAGUGACGGGCACAAAGUCAUCAGCUCGCAGACGCUCCAGGCUUUCGAUCCCAGCAAAGUCACCAUAAAAGAAAUCUCUGAUGCUAUUUGUCACCGACCUGGAACUAUCGUCGUCCUAGCAUCCAAAGAAGCCGGGCCAGGAAAACUGACAGCAACAGUACGAGCUGGAGGGAUCGACGUCGACAACGUAGUCCGCGAGGCAGACAACGGAAUCUAUGAAGUGAUCUUCCACCCCACUCGGGCGGCUCCCCACCGUGUCCAUAUCAAGUACAACGACGUCCACAUUCAAGGAAGUCCUCUAGAAGUCGCGGUACGCGGACCGACAGGAGGCCGCGAAGUGACAGCAACCGGUCUCGGUCUCUACCAGUCUUGCGUCGGUAAAGUUACGUCAUUCACCAUCGAGACUCUAGGUCGCCCGGGCAAAGAGUUCGACGUCGUCGUCAGCGGGCCUCAGGGCAACGCGGUGCCCGUUCGUUGCUACCAACAUCGCGACGGCAAUCUGCUCGCUGAGUUUACCACCAACACCGUCGGAACGUACAAAAUCGACGUACUCCAAGGCGCAAAGCCAGUAUUGGGUUCUCCAUUUUUCUGUCAAUCAUUCGACCCGAGUAAAGUUAAACUGCAAGAACUGGGACCGACUACAGUGUCAGUGCACGACCGGAUUGCUUUCAAACUCAUUAAGUCGGACGCGGGAGUUGCUGACUUAGAUGUGACGGCGACGAGUCCUCUGGGACAGGAACUGCCUCUGCAAGUGACGGCGCUCAACGACGGGGCCGAGAUGAUUGAAUUUUCCCCAAGUGUUCCUGGUUCUUAUAUGAUUAAUGUUACUUAUGGUGGUUGCCCGACACCAGGAAGUCCGGUAGUGUGUACAGUUGAGUCUGCAGGACAAGCGCGAGCAAAAGGAGAAGGAUUGUUAUCAGGACACGUGGGCAAACCUGCUCACUUUAUUGUGACAGGAACUCGAAGUCCUCCGGCAGUACAAGUCGAUGGCCCGGACAGUAUUUCUAAACCAACAAUAGAAGCUGGUGCCAAUCCCGGUACCUGGAAUGUCUCAUACAUUCCCUCGGAAGUGGGAGUUUUCGAUGUUCGGGUGGUCUGCGCAGGUCAGCAGCUGCCGGGAUCUCCGUGGCACCCGAAGAUUAUCGACACCCGGAACUUGAGAGUGAUCGGAGGCUGGGCGGCGAUUUGCGAUGAUCUUGGUCGUCUCAAGAUUGGGCACAAUACCAAAAUAAGCUUUGACACCGCGGAGGCGGGUCCUGGAGAACUCACUGGAAGUAUUGACGACCGCCCACUGUCUUUUGAGAUGACAUCCAGCAAUCGGCUGAAGUUGGUGUCCCCCCAACUUUCCGGUGGCGAGCAUCAUAUGGAGAUCCUUUUCAACGGAACGCCCUUCCCCGGAGCACCUAAGCUUGCUAUCAUCCAGGAACAAGAACCCGUUAGCGACACUAGCCGCGUGAUGCUUCGUGGCCGAGGACUUACGUCAGCGAAAGUCGGUGAGGAAGUCAGUUUUACAAUCGACGGAUCGCAAGCAGGAGCCGGAACACCAAAAGUCCAACUAUUUUCACCCACGACCGAGAUCAACGUCAUGCUCCAGCACCUCGGAGACAGCGUUUACCGUGCCAGUUACAUUCCUCUGUCUCCCGAGUCUCUGCUGAUGACUGUCUCCUGGAAUGGACGCCAACUCAAAGGCUGCCCACUUCAGAUAAGUGUCACCAGUGCCGCUGACGCCUCCCGAGUGAUUUGCUCUGGCGACGGACUCAAAAAUGGGAUCGUUGGACAAGAGAUCCGGAGUUUCAUUGAUACUAGACGCGCCGGACCUGGCGAACUUACUGCCCACUGCGUUGGGCCCCACAAAGUCGCGUACUGCGAACUCUACGACCAUGGGGACGCGACAUUUACGCUAAAUGUGAAACCACAGGAAGCUGGUAGACACGCUCUGACCAUCAAGUACGCAGGAGAGCAUGUUCCUGGAUCUCCCUUCACUCUGCGUGUCUCUGGUGCUCCAGACGCUUCAAAAGUCAGAGUUUACGGUCCAGGUAUAGAACAUGGAGUUUUGGCGACAUUCCAAUCCCGGUUCAUCUGCGACACUCGUGGAGCGGGAGCUGGGCAGCUCACCGUCCGUGUCCGUGGACCCAAGGGCGCAUUCAGAGUCGAAAUGCAGCGCGAGACACAGAAAGACAGGAUCAUACUCUGCCGGUACGACCCGACUGAACCCGGGGAUUACCGAGUGGAGGUUCGCUGGGCCGGUGUCCUCGUUCCGGGAUCACCUUUUCCCGUACGCAUCGUCGACACUCAAGAUGAAUUAUUGAUGUUUACACAGGGCGCGGAUAAUUAUUCAACAGGCCAUCAUACUAUUACUUCUUGGCGUGGAUCCCAAGCGAUUCUCUAACCAACUCGACAUCUUCCAUCGCUCCACGUCGCGUUGCUUUACUAUAUUUUUUCUACAACUAAUAAUUAUAAUAUAAAUUUUAUAUAAUAACUUAUAUAUAUAUAUUUUCAAUAAAAA